CCCCCAACAUAACAGAAUCCAACAGUCAGAAGAGUCUCAUUACUAUAGAUGGCCACAUAAGAGAUAGGAAUCUAAAGGAUGUCAGCCUCUACGAUUUGCAUCUUCUACCUUCUGAAAAGUCAAAGUCAGGUGGGAGUUUAAGUUUUGAGCCUAUUGAUAGUGAAUUAGAGGAACAUGCAGAUGGUACAAAAUUAGCAGACCAACGACAGGGAAUAACUGAACUGGAUGUUGAGAGGGUUAUAGAGGAGCAGGAUUCUCAUGAUUUUUACUGUCCAAACUGUAAUUCUUGUAUUACUAAAAGGGUUAUUUUGCGUAAAAGAAAAAGGAAAAUUCGAAGUAUUCAUUUUGAUGCAAAGCGAGAGAAAAUUGAAACAAUAGUUAAUUUGGAUGGGAGCAGUUUUGCACCUGCAACCAAUGGUGAAAGUUCUGAGGUAGCUGAAUCUGUUCCAGAUGGUAGUCCCACACCUCCAGUAAAUGACCGUGAUCAUGGUACAAGACCAGACAUAUUCAGAUGUUUGUCGUGUUUCACUUUUUUCAUUCCAACAGGUAGUGGCUUUAAACUAUUCUGGAUUCAUGGAGGUCGUGGCAAGGGUGAAAACACACAAAGCCCUGAACAGAUGCCCGUGAGGACCAUAAAUUGGUUUUCCUCUUUUCUUGGGUCGAUCGGAAGAAAGGAGACUGCUGAGCAAGUGGAGGUUACAACUCAUCAUGUUGAAGAAACUGCUGAAGCAUUGAGAGAGUCAGAAUAUUUGCCUGAAACUCUACCCAGGCAACAAAUGGAUAAUCUUUCAAAUCAAGGCUGUUCCAAGCCUGUGAAUGGUGCAGGCACAGGAAUUGAGCAGGUUGAGGAUAUUUCUUGCUUCUCCCUGAAUGAAAAGUCAACUUCUGUAUUCAUUGAAGAAGUGAAAACUGAUUUUGGAAUGAAACAAGAUGGUACAACGGAAAAGAUCAGCAAAGGAGAUAAUGUUGCAGUAUGUAUUCAAGCUGAUCGAGAUAUGCAUGAUGUUGUUGAUUCAGCAGUACCUGGAAGAGCUCAUGAAUGGGAUGUCUUAAAAAGCAUUAUAUAUGGUGGUUUAAUUGAAUCAAUUACAAGCCUGGGUGUUGUAUCUUCUGCUGCUGCUAGUGACGCUACCACAUUGAAUAUUGUAAUUCUGGGAUUGGCAAAUCUGAUGAGUGGACUCGUCAUCAUUUUGCACAAUAUUAAGGAACUGAAGAAUGAUUUCAAUGAAACCACCAGUCAAGAAAAUUCAAUUAUUGAUCGAUACGAAGAAACACUUGGAAGGAGAGAGAAUUUCCGAUUGCAUGCAAUAGUUGCAGUGCUAUCAUACAUUAUAUUUGGAUUAUUACCACCUGUUACAUACGGCUUUUCUUUCCGUAAGAGCGAUGAUGAGUUAUACAAGCUCAUUAUGUGUGGUGCAGCUUCUCUUGUGUGCAUUAUUCUACUUGCAAUAGGGAAGGCCCAUGUUCGGAGGCCACCAAGGUCUUAUGUCAAGACAGUACUUUACUAUUUGCUCAUGGGGUUGACAGCCUCAGGCCUUUGUUAUGCGGUAGGUUUGCUGAUCAAGAGACUCCUAGAGAAUUCAGGUUGGUUUGAAAGCCUUUCAGCUCCUUCCACUGCAUUUCUGGAGAACAGAUCAAUCAGGUCUGGAUGGACAUUGACAUCUUAUUGAUGAAAACAAGUAUAGGGAAUAUAAGUUGUUGGAACAUCAGAGUUAUCACAUAAUGUACAAGACACAGCUAAUUGUGGCAAUGACCAUGGUCAAAAGCCA